CUGCAGACAUGAGUAACACAGUACUUCCUGUCAUUAGAACCACACAGGCUCAAGUCGCUGUCAUCACUGGUGCUGGCUAUUGUCAGUCAAGGGUAAAAGUUUAGCUUAACAUGGGUUAAAUGUUCUAAAGAUGACCGUGUUGUCCUGCAUCAGACACUAAGUGAAAGGAUUAAAGUUUGGAUCAUCUAGUGUUGUGAGAAAUGAGGCACCAGGUUUUUGAGUGUGACAGUUUGGGAUGUCCAGCCUCGUUUAGGAACCUCUGCUUCUCUUCGAGGCGGACCUCCUUCGUUACACUGUGUUCUUCACAUCUUGUCCUCCUCUGUGUACGUGACAGCAGCACCGAAGUCACGAGCCGACGUGAGAACACUCAGAGACAUAACCAGUAUGUGUGAAUCUGUUCUGAAGAGCACGCACAUCACUCACACACACAUGCACAUACACAGCUCUGCAUCCAUACACACUUCUCCCCAGGACGAGGAGCGUGUCUUUGUUUGCUGGUGUCACAUUUCGACUCCUCCCAGCCCACGCACCCUAUAAAACACCAGUGGUCACCUCAGCUCGUCGGGGUUUGCUUACUUCCACCCGAGGGGACUCUGUCGUUAGCCGGGGCGAGACAGCCUCAAUCACCACCGGCCUCUGCGAAACACUCAACAAAACCAAGCACACAUGGCUCCUUUUGAGAAAUCUGUGGAAACGGUGCCCUUCAAGCAGAGGAAAUGCCUCGCAACAAGAAAAAAUGAAGUGUGCAGCAUUCGGUCUAAAUUCCCCAACAAGCUGCCUGUAAUUGUCGAACGUUACAUCCGUGAAAGGACCCUCCCCCUGUUGGACAAAACAAAGUUCCUGGUUCCGUAUGAGCUCACCUUGGGUCAGUUCCUCUGCCUGCUCAGGAAUAAAAUCGCUCUGGACUCCACCCAGGCUCUGUUUCUCCUGGUGGCGGAGAAGAGCAUGUCGUGUAUGUCUUCCAACAUGGGGGAGGUGUAUACCCGCUACAGAGAUGCUGACGGCUUCCUGUAUAUCACCUAUGCCUCUCAGGAAAUGUUCGGAGCUCCUCUGCAAGCAGCCAGGCGGCCCUGCUGAGCCUGAAAAGUGAUAAAAUGAACUGAUUUGUGACCAGUGGAGACACCACACAACCAAACCUGGGGAAAAAAGGACAAACUGAGCCAAAGCAAGACUGUUCCUCCCCCCAAAGAGCACAUCUGUCUACCUCAUGAAACAUCCCUGGACUUAAAGACAUAACACGAGUCUGUGGUCAAGACUCAGAUUUGGUUUCGGGUAAAAGGACUAAUUAUAUUUAAGGGUUUCUAUUUAAAGAUAUUCAGUAUAUAAAGCUAUUUUUUUUAAUUAAGAAAAAAUGUAAGAAAUUUUUAAAUUUGAAUGUUUGGUGUGUCUCAUUAAACAUUAAAAAAAAUGUCUUUCUGUUGAGUUUCAGUUCAGAUAAACCAGCAUUUGUGUUUGUGGCAGCACUUUCCUCCCCCUCCACCAGACAAAAUCAGGUUAAACAUCGUAACUUCUUUCUUAUGCCCAUCCUCAUCUUCCCUCAACAAUGUGAAACUGUCCAGAAAAUAUUGUCAUUAUAGGAAAUACUGAAGAACUCCUGGAGUUACAUUUGAAGCUGCUCUGAUGUGUUCUUAAUUCACCAAAAAAUAAAAUUUUGU